GUCGUCAAUCUGUUCCUGCUGUUCGUGGCUCUGAUUCUUGGAACUAUUGGCAAUCUAUCCCUGGUAGUUGCUGUCGGGUGCAGGAGGGCGCUGCAAACCGCUGUCAACGUACCAUUGGUCAACCUGGCCAUUUCGGACCUGAUCAUCUGCCUUCUGAGCGUCCCAAUCGCGUUUGUGAUCAUUCUAGAGAAUUUCACGACGUACAUCGUGCCGUUAGAAGUUUGCGUAAUGCAAGGGUUUUUUCAAUCAACGGGGGAGAUUGUUCAGUUGUUGACAAUAGCUGUCAUCAGUUACGAAAGGUACCAGGCAGUUGCGAAACCCUUUGACAAAGAGCAAAGGCGUCUGAGAGUGAUCGUGAUGACAGUGGUGACGUGGACUCUUGGUCUAUCAAUAGGCAUUAUAUGGACUGUCCUUUUGCGCGAUUCACCUCUGUUUGACAUGUGUCUGAAGUACAACACGGAACUUUUACAUAUGGAUGGCGUCUACAGCCUUUAUAUUCUAUCACCAUUAACCGUUGUAACAAUUCUUAUAGUGUCCGUGGCGUACUGCCGAAUACUUUGCAAGGUAGAGGAGAAAAGGAAGAUAUUUAGAAAACCGUUUGGCGGUCAAAAAAACAAGGUUCACCCGAUCAGAACUCUGUCAGAAGACGUUCCAAACGGGGAACAAGCCCGGUGCAUAGUAAGUCCCCGGAAAGACAUGACUCAAACAACGGCAAUUCUUAACUCGUCAGAUUUACUGCCGUCAGGAACCCCUCAAGUGAGUCCUCCCGACCAACAUACAGUGGAAACGCACAGACUGAGCACAAUUCAUUCAACGAGCACAAUAACUAAAGAGACACCUGGGUUGAAUAUAAAUGAAGAAAGUGUGCGUAGCACGCAGUGCGUUUCGAAUGAAGCGACUGAAAGGCCAUCUAUUGGUAAGACAAGUGACAACACCUUGCAAUUCCAUGAUUUUGGUUCAAAAAACAAUUUGCAGGGAGUAAAGCAGGAUUCGCCCAAUGUCUUAAACGCUGCACGAUGCGCGACUAAAAAUCAUAAAGAAGCGGCGUUUUUGAUGCUAGAUGGCGCGGAUUGUUGUGUGCAGUGCUCGGGGGUGAAUGUUUCUGCGGGAAAAAGGAAUCCAAACAUUGUUUCACCGCAGAGAGUGAACAAUUGGCAUUUACCUCAAAGAGUACAAGAAUACUCAGAGAGGAGUACAAACAUAAGCAAUCAAAAUGACAAAGAAACUCGCGCGAAUCUCCGAUAUUUAUCUUACAGCACAAUUCCAACAGCACUAUCAGAUGCCUGUCGAGCCUCCAUUAGUGUAGUCAAAGACUUGUCUGUCAGUGAUGCACCUGACAGCACAAACAAAGAUCUCAUUGAGAAUGGGCAGCACCUUCGAGGCGACUCGGAUCGUGACCAAGGAUUCCAAGCCGUUCGUCAUAGUAAUCAGAGCGGCAAAAACACUGCAGAAAAAAGAGAAGACCAGAAUGUGACUAACGAAAUACAAGUGAUUGACUUUGAUGGCAACGUCACCACAUCGCAAGCAGUUGCCGUGGGUGAGGCAAAGAUAUACGGCUCGGUCUGCGUGAUGACUAACAAGAACCGGGUUCUUGGUAAGAGACGCCUGGAGACAAAACUUGCCAAGAUGACGUCGGUUAUUAUCGUGACAUUCUUUGUAUUGUGGCUUCCGGUUCCCAUAGCAACGGUCGUGCAGCGGACGUACUCUGGGCAGCAGGAAGGGGGAAGCUUCGUACUGGUUGAUUCUUUGCAGCUGCUGAUAGCUACAAUAGCUAUGUUGAGCGCUGCCGUUAACCCCAUCGUCUACGCCCUUCUGAACAAGAAGUUCAGAGCUGAAAUUGCUUGCAUCUUGAAACGGCAGUAAGACGCAAUACGUACCUAUACGUCCGGGCAGUUGGCAUUUAGUAUAAUUUUUGAAGUUAAGGAUUAAAUGAAAACGAACACUGCACCUUGCUUUGUAAUGAACAACAGUUCCUCGUUGAGAUGUCAACGUUACUUGGCUGUUAAUCACAGGCAGGUUCC